UCUCGUUCGGCGGGCAUUCGUCGUCAGUCGAAGCUGGUGCGCGCGCGGGUGCGGAGGUGAGAGUGUGGAGACCAGAAAGAGGAGAACUCACCUCGAAGCGGGAAGUUAUUUUUCCACGGCGUGCGGGAAAGUGCGAGCGGGAAAAAUAUAAGCGGAACGAAGAGGGGCAGGAUGUUGAGUGCGUGAGAGGGUGAGAAGAAAGCGAAAAAGGAGCCGAAAAAAAGAUUCGGAGCCGGAAAAUGCGGUCGCGACACGUCGUGGCAGUUCUAGCCACUCUGUUGGCUGUCACUCACGAAGCUCCUCAGAAUCUCAGACAUCAAAACUAUGAAGAGCAUCCUCGUGAGGCCUAUUUCAAUGGCUCGGCGUUUCUGAAAUUGGGCUCCUUUGUAUCGGUGCACCGUCACAGCGGCCUUAGCUUCCGCACGUGCGAUCCCGGUCGACUGUUCCUACAGAAAUACAAUGAUAAUUCGAUCAGUCUUGAGGUGACGCCCGAGGGAUUGCUGUUCGUGGCCGUGGUCGAUCAGCAAAGGUAUCGAGCCAGGCUGAACGCCAGGCUACUCAACAACGCCUGGCACAGCGUCAAUCUGCUAUUCAGGCUUGGGAAUCUCACUCUAAAUGCUGCAGGGCAUACUCAGAUGGUUGCAAACGCGACUUACAAUUACGCCAUCCUAACGCUUCCCGACUAUGACGUAAACAGUUCGCUCAUAGUUGGCGAAGGAUUCAAGGGUUGCAUCCUUCAAGGCCCAGGGAUCCUCUUUAACAAUAGCAUCAAUAACGGAGUCAUCUUCGGUCCCUGCCCGUUGGAUUUCAAAGGAUGUGGAACGAGCGGCAUCGGGGGUGGCAUGGGCGCCUCCGUCGCCACUACCCCCGCUAUGGAUUUCUGCCAUCACGAGCCAUGCAUGAUGCAUGGUAAAUGCGUGUCGCGGCAGGAUCGCUACGAGUGCCACUGUUACGCCCGAUAUUCCGGCAACAACUGUCAGAUUGACAAUGGUCCGCCCUGUCAGACUGGCCCUUGCCGCAAUGGCGGUACUUGCAGCGAGGAUUCGCGCGGUGAUUUCAGUUGCACCUGCAAGCCCGGUUUCACCGGCAAUUUCUGCGAAUCUCAACUGGGAGUGCGAUUGUGCGAGCAGAAUCCGUGUAGAAAUGACGGUAUUUGUUUAGCGCUGACAGACAACGAAUACAAAUGCCAAUGCCAGGCUGGUUGGACUGGAAAGAACUGCGAAAUUAAUAUCAACGAAUGCGCUUCGAAUCCGUGCAAGAACGGUGGCAUCUGCAUCGAUGGAAUUAAUAAUUAUACCUGCAGAUGCGACAGGACCGGCUACGAGGGUGUCAAUUGUGACGUAGACAUCGACGAGUGUCAGGCAAACCCGUGUCUGAACAACGGCGUGUGCUACGAUUAUUACGGCGCGUACAUCUGCCACUGUCCAACGGGCUUCGAGGGUCAGAAUUGCGAGCUUAAUCUGAACGAGUGCUUAUCAGGACCUUGUGCGAACGGCGGUGAGUGCAUCGACGAUGUGGGCACUUAUCACUGCGAAUGUCUUUCGGGAUUCACGGGUCGCCACUGCGAACUGAGGGGUCUCUGCGAAAAUGCGGCUUGUCCACCCAAUAGCAUCUGCGUGGAGGAUGCUCAUGGGCCACAAUGCGUCUGCAACCCCGGCUUUAUGGGUAAUCCACCCAAUUGCACUGUCAACUACUGUGCCAGCAACCCCUGCGCCAAUGGUGGCACCUGCAUCAGCGGUCAGCAUGGUUUCAAUUGCACCUGCUUGCCAGAAUGGACAGGAAAAAAUUGCCAGAUUAACGUAGACGAGUGCCUGUCACAACCGUGUCAGAAUGGCGGUACCUGCAUUGACCGUGUCAAUGGAUACACUUGUAAUUGCACCAGAGACUUUAUGGGUGAUAAUUGCGAACAGGAAUAUGAUGCGUGUGUCAUAAAUCCUUGUCAGAACAAUGGUACCUGUACACUGAUACUAAGAUCAAAGAAAGAAUUCGUUUGCGAAUGUCCACACGGUUUUGAAGGCAAGGUGUGCGACGUGAAUAUCGAUGAUUGUCUAGGCGUGGUAUGCCCGAAUAACAAGCAGAUCUGCAUUGACGGUAUCGCUGGUUACGAAUGCAAAUGUCGCGAGGGCUACAGGGACCCCGAUUGCACAUUGAUUGUAGAUCACUGUGCGACGAAACCGUGCGGUAACAACAGUACGUGUGUCGACCUCGGUGAGCACGGCUUUGAGUGUAAAUGCAUGGAAGGCUAUCAAGGUGAAUACUGCGAUCUUGAUAUAGACGAAUGCAACUUGCCCGGUAAUUCCAAGUUGUGCAAUAACGGUAUCUGCGUCAAUACUGAGGGUAGCUACAACUGUUUCUGUCGACCGGGCUUUUCUGGUGAUCAUUGUGACAUCAACAUCGACGAGUGCCUGUGCAGUCCGUGCAAGAAUAAUGCCACAUGUCUCGAUGGCGUCAACAUGUUUCAGUGUCUUUGUCAACCUGGUUAUACUGGCAAGACCUGCGAGAUAGAUGUGGAUGAGUGCGACAGCAAUCCAUGUCAUAAUGGAGCCCAAUGUGUGAACGGCGUAGCAUCGUAUACCUGCAUAUGCCCAGCUGGUUUUCUCGGUGCCAAUUGCGAGAUCAAUGUCGACGAGUGCGAAUCGUCACCUUGCAUGAAUCAAGGAAAGUGCAUCGAUGGCGUGAACGAUUAUAUCUGUGACUGUAGCGAUACCGGUUUUGAGGGUCCACAUUGCGAGAAUAAUAUUGACGAAUGUCUGUCACGACCAUGUAUAAACGGUGGACUAUGUCUUGAUGGCAUCAAGAAUUAUAAAUGUCAAUGUUAUGCCGGUUACACUGGCAAGAAUUGUGAGGUGGAUAUAAACGAAUGCGAAAGUUCGCCUUGUCAGUACAAUGGCACUUGCCUCGAACGAUCAAAUAAGGAUCUUUACAAGAGUGAGGCCUUGAAUUUACCCGCGAUUUUUACGCAGGAAUUCAGUUACGCGAAUGCCAGCGGGUAUGAAUGUCUCUGUGUGCAAGGUGUCACCGGAAAAAACUGUGAGGUAAACAUCAACGAGUGCGACAGCAAUCCUUGCGGUCCAGGUACCUGCAUGGAUCGUAUCGGCGGCUAUACCUGCGACUGUGACGAGGGUUACGAAGGAGAUCACUGCCAGCACGAGAUCGACGAAUGCAAGAGAUAUACCCCCUGCGAACAUGGGGUAUGCACUGACGCUAAGGCUGACUAUUUCUGCACUUGCGAGCCGGAAUACGGUGGUAAAAAUUGUUCGGUGAAGCUGAUGGGCUGCCAAGGCAAUGCCUGCCAGAACGGUGGUACUUGCUGGCCUUACCUAGUGGACGAGACCAUCCACAAGUUUAACUGCACUUGUCCUAACGGCUAUCACGGCGAAGUGUGCGAUUAUCGUUACUGGCGGAAGAAGGUGACAACGAUGUCUCUAAGCGGCAGCUCGUAUGUUCUGGUGAACACCACGCGCGACGAAGGCUAUGAUAUCCAGUUUCGCUUUAGGACCACUCUGCCAAACGGCCUUCUAGCGAUUGGUAGAGGUGUGACCAUUUAUAUUCUCCAGUUAGUGAACGGCAAACUCAAUAUACAUUCAAGUAUAUUGAAUAAAUGGGAUGGAGUUUUCGUCGGUAGUGGACUCAAUGACUCCAAUUGGCAAAAAGCAUUCGUGGCUAUCAACGCAACUCACCUUGUUCUCUCGGCCAACGAAGAACAGACUAUUUAUCCCAUCAGUCCUAACGAAGGCUCUAAUUCAUCGAAUCACACGUCCUUCCCCACAACUUUUGUGGGAGGCAGUCAUAUUAGCUCCUUGAGCUUCCUGAGAAGAUUAUCCCGCUUACCCUCGUUCACUUUCUUCGUCGGCUGCAUGGAAGAUGUUGUCAUCAACGGUGAAUGGGUCUAUUCAGGCACCACAUCAAAAACUGUAAAUAUGGAGGAUGUAGAGCCGGGCUGUCCUCGCGAAGCUCAGUGUUCGCCGAAUCCUUGCAAAAAUGGUGGUCACUGCACUGAUCGUUGGCGCGAUUUCUACUGCAAGUGCGAACGUCCUUAUCUUGGUCACACUUGUCAAUACAAUAUGACUGCUGCUACUUUCGGAUAUGAAAACAUCACGAAUGGCUACGUAACUGUGAGAGUCAACGAUGCGGCCAGGCGCACCGUCAGCUCGGUCGUUGACAUUUCUAUGUUCAUUCGCACGCGAGAGAGCCGCGGUGAUAUCUUCUAUUUGGGCACGGAACCGGAAAUUGAUCAAAAGCCGCAAGAAAAGACUUACAUAGCGGCACAGCUGGAAGGCGGGGAAUUGCUCGUCAGAAUCCAAUUUAAUGGUACAGAAGCUUACACUGUCGGCGGCGUGAAGCUCAAUGAUGGAAAUAACCAUCUGAUCCAAGUGGCGAGGAACGUCACUCUCGUCCAAGUGAAGAUCAACGGCACUGAGUACUUCCGCAAGACUAUCAGUGCUACAGGAGAUCUGAACGUGACUGUUCUCUAUCUGGGAGGAUUACCGCAAACGUCGCGGUAUAUUCGCCAAGUUGAUAGCAGGCAGAUGGAAGUGCAACAAGUGCCGCAAGUUAAUUUUAAGGGUAUCAUUCAAGAUGUGCAGAUAUCGAAUGGCACAAGGACAAUGGUUGUGGAAUUCUUCCCGUUAAAGGCACAAGACAUUCCUGCACCUAUUCAAUUCGGCAAUAUUUCCUUCGAUCCUGAAAAAGUCCUCGAGGGCGUAGUGUCGGAUGACGUAUGCGUGAGCAGCCCAUGCAAUCACAACGGUACGUGCCACGUAACGUGGAAUGACUUUUGGUGUCAAUGUCCGCGUGGUUACACCGGCAAGACCUGCCAGGAAAUGGAAUUCUGCCAAUUGCAAGAUUGUCCGGCGGGAUCACGCUGCCAGAAUCUUGACGAUGGUUACGAAUGCAUCGCCAAUGCCACCUUUGACGGUAUCUCCACCGCCUUUACGUACGUGUACAGUCAUGCUACGGAUGCUGUCAGCGACCUGCCACUCAACACUAUUGAAAUUACCUAUCGAUCCAACACCGGUGGCACGCUACUUCACAUGGCGCCUCACAUGGGCGACCAACAUUUCACUGUGUCCGUCUUCAGAGAUAUCGUUACCGUAUCCUGGCGACUCGAUAUAGAGAAUCAGGGUAUUAUUUCUUUCGGCAAGAGUCAACCCGACGGAAAUUGGACUUCGCUGCUCAUCAGACUAAACAACAACUCCAUGGAAUGUGGUUAUGCCAAUCCUACUGAGGAGCAGCCUCACGUGAGUCCCAAUUUCAGUUUCCAGCUGUGGUACGAUCUACUAGCAGAAGGAACAGUCACCCUCGGUGGGCUUUCCUCCACCUUGUCUGAUAGGCAUACUUACGUCACUGUCGGAUCCAAACAUGAGAGAAGAAACGGGGUCGAGGGCAAUAGCGUGGAUUACAACGAGCAUAGGCUAACAACCGUUAUGCCGCCACAUAGUAUGAUGUCCGGAGAGCCGUUUAAGGGCUGCCUUGGCGAAGUACGCAUUGGCAGCAUGCUGUUGCAUUAUUUCACAUAUGAGGAGGUUUACCAGAAUGCAAACUUCACUCCGUUGGAGUUUCUGGAGUUACAAAUCAAUGAUAAUUCCACUCAUCGCGAUAGCAUCGGCUGCCAGUUAUGCUUUGACACCGACUGCAAGAAUGAUGGUUACUGUUUCGACAAGGCCAACAGCUAUGUGUGCGAAUGUCCGGCAGGCUAUGCUGAGGACGAUUGUUCCUUUAAUAUUGACGAGUGUGUUGAGAGCAAGUGUCAAAACGGUGCGACUUGCGUCGAUGGUAUCGCUAAUUACACUUGCGUGUGUAAGAACGGCUGGCAGGGAUGGCUAUGCGAUAGCGACAUUAACGAAUGCGUGACUCUGAGUCCGUGCCAACAUGAUGGCGUUUGCGUGAAUCUACCGGGCUUGUUCAGAUGCGAAUGUCCCGAUCAAUUCACUGGUGAACUAUGCGAGAGCUUCCGUCUAAUUACUUGCGAGAACGAGCCGUGUAAGAACGGCGCGACUUGCGUAGACGUGCCGAACCCAAAGACGGGUAACAACUUCACCUGUAACUGCAUGCCUGGCUACGACGGUCCAACCUGCGACACGCCCUAUUGUAUCAGCAACAAGUGUCAAAACGGGGGCAGAUGCAUCUUUUUAUAUCAGACUCCAAAAUGCACUUGUCCUCUUGGUUACACUGGCAUGUACUGCGAGACCAACAUCGAUGACUGCGCACCAGAUUCUGAUGGCAACGUUCCUUGUAAAAAUGAUGGCAAGUGCUACGAUGGAGUGAACAAGUUUGUAUGCGACUGCCAAGGCACCGGAUAUACCGGAGACGAUUGUUCCAUCGACGUUAACGAGUGUCAAGAAUUAGAGAUCGACUGCGGACGUGGCACGUGCGAGAAUCUGCCUGGUAUCUAUCAGUGCGUUUGUGAGCCUGGCUUUUGCGGCUACAAUUGCGCCAUGAGAAAUCCUUGUAUUCACGAGGUUUAUUGUCAGAACGGGGGUACAUGCGAGUGCGGUAAUGAUGGUGGAUAUAUAUGUCGAUGCACUCCUGAUUAUAGAGGACAAAAUUGUACAGAGCCGGAAAAUAAUUAUCGCUUAGGUAGUCAAGCCCUCGAUAUAGCGGUGAUCGUUGGCCCAAUUGUGGGCUGCCUUCUCCUGAUUGCCAUCGUAUCCCUUAUAGCGCUCUUCAUGAUGGCUAGAAAAAAGCGUGCAACACGUGGCACGUACAGCCCGAGUGCUCAAGAGUUCAGCAAUCCAAGAGUAGAGAUGGAUAAUGUAAUGAAGCCUCCGCCGGAGGAAAGAUUGAUCUAAUCGAAUGACGAUCGGAAGUAUAUAAUUAGGUAAUGCGAGUGAAUUUCGAUAUAUGGAAGUUGCUUUUUGAAAAUAUAGAUUUCAUGUAAAAGCAGAGAGAGUAA